GCGUCUUGCUUAGCAACAGGCUGAGCUAACACAAAAGCCCUGCCUUGGCGACCUCGCUAGCCGUGGGCAUGUGGGAAGAAGCCCCAUGCAGCGCGGCGGCGCCCAGCUGAGGAGCCGCAUGCCUCGCGCGCAGCAGGGCUGCAGCCGGCGGGAGCUCCUUCCUGAGGCGGUCGGCGGGGGGAAAGGCGCGCUGCGCCUGGCGGCUUUGGCGUCGCGCGCCACAAUGCUGCCUCGCAGGCUCUCCUACCUUCUGGUAGCCCUCGCCCUCAGCAGCCUGACGGCGUUGCUGGUUUUCCUCCGCGGCCGGCCCGACCCUCCGGGUCCCAAGGAGGAGGCCCGGCGCCCGCGGGGUCAACAGCCCCGGCAGCAGCCCCAGCCUGGGAGAGAAGGCGACUUCCUCCGCGGGGCUUGCGGCGCCCUGGCCGCUGAGGAGAAGGCGUUCGUGUGGGGCAACCACCUGCGCACGCCCUUCGGGCAGUCGCCCGGCUGCGCCGAGUACGUGGAGGGCAGCCACUACGUCACGCGAGCUCUCUCGGAGGAAGAGGUUGCCUUCCCGCUCGCCUACGUCAUCACCCUCCACAAAGAGUUCGCCACGUUCGAAAGAGUCUUCCGCGCACUUUACGCGCCCCAGAACGUGUACUGCGUCCACGUGGACGAGAAGGUGUCGGGCGACUACAAGCAGAGCGUAGAGAGGCUGGUGGGCUGCUUCCCCAACGCCUUCCUCGUGUCCAAAGCCGAGCCGGUCAUUUACGCGGGGAUCUCGCGUCUCCAGGCCGACCUGAACUGCAUGAAGGACUUGCUGCGCUCCGAGGUCCGCUGGAAGUAUGUGCUCAACAUGUGCGGCCAAGACUUCCCGUUGAAAACCAAUAGGGAAGUCGUCCGCCACCUGAAAAACUUCAAAGGGAAGAACAUCACCCCCGGCAUCCUCCCUCCUGAGCCGAUCACCGUAAGGACCAAGUACGUUUACAAGGAGCACAUAGACAGAGAGUCCUCUUACAUGAAAAGGACUGGUACCCUCAAAUCACCUGCGCCCCACAAUCUGACAAUUUACUUUGGCUCUGCCUACAUUGCCCUCACCAGACCGUUUGUGGAGUUCCUUUUCCAGGACAAACGGGCCCUCGAUUUGCUGGAAUGGUCCAAGGACACCUAUAGUCCGGAUGAACAUUACUGGGUGACGCUCAAUAGGAUACCAGGUGUCCCCGGCUCCAUGCCAGAUGGUAGAUGGGAAGGUGACCUGAGAGCUGUCAAGUGGAGCAAUGAUGAAACUAAACAUGGAGGAUGUCACGGUCGUUAUGUCAGAGCCAUUUGUAUCUAUGGAACUGGUGAUCUGAAGUGGUUGCUGAAAUCCAAAAGCCUUUUUGCUAACAAGUUUGAACUGGAAACAUACCCACCAACCGUGGAAUGCCUGGAGUUGAGUGUUCGGGAGAGAACACUCAAUCAGAGUGAGAUACCGGUGGAACCAAGUUGGUACCUAUAGGAAAAGAUACCUUUUAAGUUGAUGAACAGAAACAAUCAUGUAAAGCCAGCAUUUUGGAUGGACCAUUCAUCGCACCUUGAAGCUGUGCUUCUUCAGGAUGCUCAAUAUGAGCCGUUUUUAUAACACUUUAAAUACCUUUGCACUAAGGCUGAAACAAGAUUUCAGGGCAAUCAAUAUAUUAGCUGAACUUCCUUGAUAUUUUAAAGAUUUUGGAACAGGGUUAUUCGCCCUGUCCAGAAAAAAACACUCAGGUAUUAUUUAUUAAUACUUUGGGAACGGUUUAUAUUAACCAAGAGAAAGACAGUGACUUCAGAUUUCAAGCUGGUCAUGUUAGAGCUUGCCCUUUGUUACAGUCAGGUCUCGCUAAGUGAUGGUUCAGGUCAGUGGAUUAAAAUUGACUACAUCUCUUCA